AUGCCGGAGGCGAAAUUCAAUGUAAAAUUCGCUGCGGCAGUCCCACCGUUGAAUCCAUAGAUGAAGUAGCUACUUCCUGGAGGAGCAGAUAAUGGCGCUCCUGCGGAGUAGGUUGAUAAACUCGAGCUCUAAGAAACAGUUGAAUUGACCGAGUAGUACAUGAACAUGUUGGCAGGAAUGACUGAGACGGUAAACUAAGCAGUUUGGUUGGUCAUUGAAUUUUUGACUUGA